AUGGGCAAUUGUCCAUUUGCCUCCCUCUCCCCUGGUUACGUCACUGAACAAAUUGUUGAAGAAAUAAAAAAAGAACGAGAAUAUUCUAAUGAACGUUAUCAAGCAUUAGAAAAAACAAAUGAUCAACUUCGAUUAGAAUCAGAAAAUAAUAUGGAAUCAAUUCGUCAAUCUUACAUAAAUAUAGUUAAUGAACUUAAUCAAGAAUUACUUGCAAUGAAAGAACAAUGCGAACAAGCUGAUGUUGAAAAACAAUUGUUGACGAAUCAACUUGAAAAUCAAUCUGUUACGAUUAAUCAAGAAUAUGAUAUACAACAAACUGAAAAGUCUCUUGGUACAGUUGAUGAUAUUAAUCGUAUCUGA